CGGUUUAUUAUUUAAAAAAAAAAUUGUCAAAAUUUAUGUAGUCUGAAAGUAAAUUUUUUUUUUCAUGUAGUUAGUUAUUGCACAAAAUUCUAGUUUUAUCCUAAAUUUAUAAGUGAUAUAUAUUAAAUAUGGCUAAUUAUAAAAUGCCAACAGUACAAAAGUUCCUUAAAAAAAAGAAAAUUUAUGAUCCUAAAGAACCAGUAUGGGUUUACUUAGAAAGAGAAAUGAGAAACAAUAUUGAUAAAAAACCAUAUAACGAAAAAGUUGGUAAAUGGUUGAAGUUUCUAAAAGAUUUAAAAUAUUAUUAUUAUUGUGAAGAGAAACGUAAGUUAAGGAGAUUAACUCGGGAGGCUGGACCACCGUGGUACUAUGAACUAUCAAGCAGCCAGAGAAAAGUUUUGUAUGCGCUAAAAUCAAAUAUUCACCAAGAUUUAUUAGAAGAUUUGCCUAUAAGAACUAGAAAAUCCUUAUCAGAUUUGGGUAUCACAUUGAAAAUUUCAAAACCUGUUCUUAUGAAAGCAAUGACAAACUCCAUUCAAGAUCCUGGGGUAUUUAUAUGGAAUCUAUAUACUGCAUACUACAAACGUCCUCCGAGUGAAUUACGUGCGGAAUACGAUAUGAAUGCCAUGAUUUUGAUGUCCUGUUUAGUAUUUAUUGACUUAGGUGAAUGUAUAGAGAGGUUAGAAAAAUUAACGUAUGCUCCGAAGCCGCCAUCAACAAUUUCAGAGAAGAAACCACGGAAAAAUACUCAACCGAACGUUCGUUACGGAGAAUAUCUUCAAAAGUGUUACAUACCAUGUUAUAGUAAUCACUCUAAAAAUGAACAAACAAAGAAAAAGCCUCUGCCUCUUGGAUACAAAGUUAGACUACGAAGUGAUGAGAGUUACGAGAGACUUUGUAAGAAUCUUGAUUUUCUUGAAAAACGCAAAGAAAGAAAUAAAAAGGAGAAACAAGCAGAAAGAAUUUGUAAAUACAAAUUUUGGGAACCUCCUAGUACAUUACGCAACACCGACCCAAAAAUGGUCGCCUACGUAAACAAACUUAAAAUGUUAAAAAAGAAAGCGAAACCUAAAUUUAAAUCACCUUAUAAAAAUGUUCAAUAUAACGUUGGAGGAGUUGCGUUUGUAGGAGGAAAACCUCGGUUUUUAUUAAAUAGUGUUGCCUUGCUACCGACGGGCUACAUACCCAUAAACGAUGGAAUAGCUUGUUUCAAUGGUGAAUAUGUCACCAACAUACACGGAUACUGGAAAUUCCCGAAGGAAGUCAAAGAAAUAUGUGACGCUAACUGUGAAUGUCUGUCUAAAUGGGAAGAUGUAGUAAUGACAUAUUUAAAUGAAUCUAAAUGUAAAUGCGGUCACCUUUAUGAUUUUUAUCAUGAAGGAAAGGCCCGAGAAAAAUACUUCUAUCAAGCGACAAGACACGGCAAACAUUGGUUAGAUAGCGCCAAAGUGUAUCAGUUAGAUCCGAUGGAGGAUUUUAUCCGGGACACAGUCAGAGAAGCAUUAAUGUCUGCAGAGCCCACGCCUGAGCCUUCGAUACCAACAAUAUCGCCUUCCGGGCUUAAAGAGAAAGAGUUACUUGCGGCAUUUUUAGCAGAAUUAUCGGAUACUCCACUUUUGAUACCUCACUUACCAAAAGCAAAUCUUUUAAACAAUCUACAAGAGUGGGUCAGGAAAAGGGUAAAAGGUGACUUAACACCCGCUCACGACAAAAAACUCUUGUUACAAUCUCAGCGCAGAUGGCUUGAUCUUAAGCACAUGGAUUUUAGAGCUCGUGCUUAUAGAAUACCAUUUACACUGAAGCAAUUAAAACACAUGAAUUGGUCUCAUCGACACGUCAUUCAAAAAUUGUUUGAAAUACUUUUAAACGAUUUUGUGACUAGAAAUAGACUAAUGCAACUCAAUCAAACUAGACUAUGGUGGUCGACUAUGAAGUAUGAUGCUUAUGCUAGCAAAGCCUUUUUAGACAUCUAUUUCACUUAUAUGCCUGGACGUAUGAAAGAUACUUUUCUUAUAAAUCCAUACAGUUCUGAACGAACUCCGACACACGGGGCAAAAACAUGUCCAUUAUGAGAAAAUAGUGUUGAUGUAGUAUUUAUCAUUUUAAUUGUUUGUGACAUCAAGUAAGUGUACGUGUACCUAAAUAAAUAAGAAAAGAAUAUAUGAAUCGUUGAAAUAUACAUUUUUUUAAA